AUGUCCCUCUCCUUCAUCCAACCAACCGCCCUCCUCCUAAUCGACGCCCAAAACGCCUUUAAUGUCGACCCCAACAGCCCUUCCCACUGGGGCUCCCAGCGGUCCAACCCACACCUAGAACAAAACCUCAGCGCCCUUCUGCGCGCCUUCAGGACCGCAAAAGCCGACAAGUCAACACCAGGCGGGAUUGAGAUCAUUCAUGUCUACCACUCCUCUACAUCGCCGGGCUCACCAUUGCACCCGUCCGCAGAUAACGGGCGCGGAAUCCAACCUUUGGACAUAGUGAAGCCUGCAGACGACGGGUCUGAACCUGUCAUGUGGAAGACGGUGAACUCUGCGUUUCUUGGCACUGAGCUCGAGAGUUAUCUACGGGGAAAGGGGAUCCGACAACUUGUUGUUGCGGGGAUUACGACGGACCAUUGUGUUUCGACGUCUGUGCGCAUGGCGGCGAAUUUGGGCGUUGUGGAUCAGGGGAGAGAGCCUGUUGUUCUUGCGGAUGGGCAACAGAAGGACGUUGUGGACGUCGACAAGGGGCGUAUUGUGCUUGUGGGUGAUGCGACGGCUACAUGGGCCAAGGGGGGAUUUGAUGCCGAGACGGUGCACAAGGUUACGUUGGCGAGUCUGGAUGGGGAAUUUGCGGAUGUGAUAAGCACGAGGGAGGUUGUUGAAGCUUUGCAGAAUAGUGAUGAUUAG